AGUUCAAAUCCGAACCUUCUUCGUUAUGCAACGAUGCCGUUUUGCUUUUCUGGUUUCUCUCACUUUUUUUUUGGUUGUUGUUUGGCAUCCGUUUGACUGUUUGAUUUGAAUCGAGUUCUUGGAAAAUAGUUCUUGUUGUUGUUUGGUUGCUGAGAAAGUUUGAGAAGAUGGAGGAAAAUGAAGUGAAAUUUUGUCUCUGAUAAUGUUAUGGAGGUUAAAUAAGACAUUAAAAAGGUAAAACAAGAAUCGGUCGAGACAGAUGGCACUAGUUUCCGGUGGAAGGUCGACAUUAAACCCUGAUGCCCCUCUCUUUGUCCCUGCUGCCUAUCGCCAAGUGGAGGAUUUCUCCCCGGAAUGGUGGCAACUGGUCACAACUUCUACGUGGUACAGGGAUUACUGGCUGAGCCAACAUCAGGAUGAGGAAGGCUUCUAUGACAAUGCAGAGGAUGAUGCCGGCUUUGAUGGCAGUACUGAUGUAGCUAAUUUACUGCCAGAUGCAUUUGAAUUUGAUGCUGGUGAAGAUUUCUCUAGUUUCGAAGUUCAAUUUCAGGAGUUUGUGGAAUCUUAUGACACUGAAGUAGAAAACAAAUCACCUCCUUCCAAUGGGAUGCUACAAAAUGGAUUUCAGAUGGAAGCCGAAGCACCCAAAAGGGACGUAAGCUUGUUGAAAACUUUGGAGGAAACAGUUCCAGCAGCCAUAAAUGUUAAUCCAAAUUGAUGGGUCGACAGCCUUCUGAAAGGAGCAGUUUAUUCCUGCAUCUGAGUAGACAGACUUGUGUAGUUUCUGCUUUCUGUAAGUUCUGUAUGGAGCAAGGUUUGCACCCUGCCACUCCUUGUUCAUUCUCACGUCUUCUUUGUUUCAGUUAACCAAUGUAACCUUCCAGAAAAUGUAUUAAAGAAAAAAGGAAAUUUAAAAUUUUA